GCCCGCAGAAGUCGGUUCGGGAGCUGUCAGCGCGGCCGGAGAGCGGAGGGGCGCGGGGUGGGCGCGGCCGACCGCGUCCCCGACCCGGCCCCCGACACCCGACUUCCCGCGCGCCCGGCCCCCGGCCCGCUAGGCCCCCCGGCCGCGGCCCGCGCCCCUCGCCCGCUCGUCUCUUCUCUCUCUCGCCGGCCGCCCGACGGGCGGGCGCGGGAGACCCCGCCGGGGCUGAAGCUGGGCCGGCGGGCGCUGAGGGCCCGGCAGCGGCCUCCUCGCCAUGUCCUCGGCCCGCGACGCCGGCGGCCACUUCCCUUUGCACCUCCUGGUCUGGAACAACGACUACCGGCAGCUGGAGAGGGAGCUGCGGGGCCAGAAUGUGGAGGCUCUAGAUCCACGAGGUCGAACCUUAUUGCAUCUUGCUGUGUCUUUGGGACAUUUGGAAUCUGCUAGAGUCUUGCUCCGACAUAAAGCAGAUGUUACAAAAGAAAAUCGCGAGGGAUGGACAGUUUUACAUGAGGCCGUGAGCACUGGCGAUCCUGAGAUGGUGUACACAGUUCUUCAACAUCGGGACUACCACAACACCUCCAUGGCCCUGGAAGGAGUUCCUGAGCUGCUCCAGAAAAUUCUCGAGGCUCCGGAUUUCUACGUGCAGAUGAAAUGGGAAUUCACCAGCUGGGUGCCCUUGGUUUCCAGAAUAUGCCCGAAUGAUGUCUGUCGCAUUUGGAAAAGUGGUGCCAAGCUGCGUGUCGACAUCACGUUGCUGGGGUUUGAGAACAUGAGCUGGAUAAGAGGGAGGCGUAGUUUUAUAUUUAAGGGAGAAGACAACUGGGCGGAGUUGAUGGAAGUCAACCAUGAUGACAAAGUGGUCACCACUGAACGCUUUGACCUUUCCCAGGAAAUGGAGCGCCUCACUCUGGACUUGAUGAAGCCAAAAGGGAGGGAAGUUGAGAGGCGACUCACAAGCCCAGUCAUUAACACCAGCCUCGAUACUAAAAAUAUUGCUUUUGAAAGAACUAAAUCCGGAUUCUGGGGCUGGAGGACAGAUAAAGCAGAAGUUGUUAAUGGUUACGAAGCAAAGGUUUACACAGUAAACAAUGUGAGUGUGAUAACCAAAAUGCGGACAGAGCAUCUGACCGAGGAAGAGAAAAAGAGAUACAAAGCGGACAGGAACCCACUGGAAUCUUUGCUGGGGACCGUGGAACACCAGUUCGGUGCUCAAGGGCAGGACCUCACCACAGAAUGUGCCACCGCCAACAACCCCACAGCCAUCACGCCUGACGAGUACUUUAAUGAAGAGUUCGAUCUGAAAGACAGGGACAUCGGAAGGCCGAAAGAGCUGACGAUCAGAACACAAAAGUUUAAAGCCACGCUCUGGAUGUGUGAGGAGUUUCCUCUCUCUCUCGUGGAGCAGGUCAUUCCCAUCAUUGACCUAAUGGCCCGAACUAGCGCUCAUUUUGCAAGACUGAGAGAUUUCAUCAAACUGGAAUUUCCACCCGGAUUUCCUGUCAAAAUAGAAAUUCCCUUGUUUCACGUCUUAAAUGCACGGAUCACAUUUGGAAACGUUAAUGGCUGUAGCACUGCUGAAGAAACUGUAUCUCAAAAUUCGGAAGGGACCCAGGCUGAUUCAGCUUCCCCCGUCACAAACUUUGAGGUUGAUCAGUCUGUGUUUGAAAUCCCGGAAUCUUAUCACGUCCAAGACAAUGGCAGGAACGUGCAUUUGCAGGACGAAGAUUACGAGAUAAUGCAGUUUGCCAUCCAGCAGAGCUUGUUGGAGUCCAGCAGAAACCAGGAACUUUCAGGACCAGCUUCUAAUGGAGGGAUCGGCCAGACACAUGCCUACGACAUCCAGUAUGAGAGGGCCAUCCAGGAGAGCCUCCUCAGCAGCUCAGAAGGCCUGUGCCCUGACGCCUCCAGCGAGACAAGCCGUUUCGAUAGCGACUUGCAGCUGGCCAUGGAGCUCUCUGCCAAAGAGCUGGAGGAGCGGGAGCUGCAGCUCCGGCAGGAGGAGGCGGAGCUCCAGCAAGUCUUACAGCUGUCCCUCACCGAGAAGUAGACCUUUCUGCCCAGGGGCCACACGAAGCAGAGGCUCUGGGCUGCACACGAGUGCCGUGGCACCAGGGCGGGGGGCCGAGGGACCGCACCUCGCACGUACGCAGCAGAGGGCAGCUGCUCCCUUUCUACGCAGAGGUGCAGGACCAGGGACUCCCAGGCCCAUCCAUGAUGCUCCCGGGUGACGGCUGGGGACCGGCAGGCCCCACCUCCAGGCUAAGGGGAGGAGAGCUUCGUCACUUUCCAUUAGCUGUAUUGGCUUGCAGGUCACAUUUUUACUACCAGCUUUAGAUAUAAACCCCAAUCCCCGCAGGUUUGUAGAUUAAUUUUUAUCAAGGAGUAAUAACACAACCACUGAUUGCAGAGUCAGGGUGCUUUUAUAUACGAGAGCAGCAGCCUUUGUAGAGUAUGGUCAGUGCGAGUUUAUGAGACACUUCUUUACAGUUCACCAAAGAAAUGGGUAAUCUGUGCCGAUCUGCUCUUUUAUUUUUACCUUUAUACAGGGUUUCUAGGACACCGUCACUAUUCCUCCUCCAUUUCCACCUGAUUCCAUUCCUUCCACCCCCAGCUAAAGUCAAAGAGGAUAUCUGUACAGAAUCUAUUUUAGAUUAGGGUUAACUAUUUGCAUCAAAUUAAGAUAAACAAAUGACCACGGAUGUUGCCUUAGCCUUAAAAAUUACUAAUAGUUCCCACCGCCUCACUCCACUUACCGAGGGAUGGGAUUGCAGCUCCUUUGAGAGAGGGUCCUCCAGGCUCAACCCAAGGCAGCUAAUCUUGGCCCUAAAGGAGCAGCUAGGAGAGCCUGGGGCUGGUUCUUGAAGCGGCAGGCUGGCCGGAAGAUCAGAAUGGCAGAGAAGCAAUCCAGGUGCGUGCUCCACGCUUCCUCUAGUGAAGGGAUUCCGCACAGAGGCCCAGGAAGACCCCACCGCACACCCCAGGCUUGCUUCAGAGGAAGGGCUGGACUUGAAACUAGAAAGGGAGCCACCAACGGAACUCAGUGGCUGUGUAUCCAAAAGGGAAAACGAGGAUUCCACGUUGCUUUUUAGAGUUCAGCAUCUUUCUGGAUAAAUAUAUUUUUUAACAGAAUCUUUUUAUUAUUUUUAAGAGAUAUAAAAACGACUAUUCCCAUCAAUAGCAAUACAAGGUUAUACAUUUUAACCAGAUUUUCUGAGGCCUUUUUUGGAUACCUUUAGUAGUUAACUAUUUUAUCUAACCCUUCUGUAAAUAGCCAUCACACAACAUAUAGGACCCUGGGGAAUGCAGCCGAGGGCACCCGCACUCCGCCCACCCGUGUAUUCAUUCCCACAGGCUGCACUGAAAUCACCCACUAAACAAUAUCCUCCUCUGUUCUGCGGCAGUUUCCUAUCUGUUGGCGUCUUUUGGGAUGGGAAGAGAAACAUAAACUACUGUUCCAGUUGACGUCUGUAUCAUACACUUGGUGUCGCCAGUAAAGCGUUCCUAGUCACAAAGAAUUCUGCUUUGAUUCCAUAGAACUAUCUGCCUUUUUGUCAUGGGCUGACCAAAGUUCCUUCUCUGCACACGAGGCCAGUGUCUGCAGCAUCGCGUUUGUUUCAGAUACACACGUGGCACUUUGUUUACUUGGCCUUUACCUUGAGUGAAGACACUUCUUGGGAAUGGCCACAAUUAGGCCGCCCCGUUUCCUCACUAAGGUGAAUUGUAGGUAAUUUCCGUGUUUGCGUUCCAUUGUUCUGCUUCUGCUGUCUUUGACUUUCUUCCCAGGAAGUCAGUUAAAAAGGGACUGAGCAUUUUGUAAACCUGUCCCGGUGUUUUUCAUGUUAUGUGUUCACGCUCUUAAAAUGCAAAUAAAGACCGCCUCCCUAGAGGGCGCUUGUACGGUA